AUGUAUUACCCAACUAAGGAAGAAUUUAUUAAAGAUUUUGAUUUUUCAAACCCUGUUCGUUUAGGAUAGGGUGCUUUUGGGAAGGUGUAUAAAUUGUUAUGCAAAAGCGAGAAUUCCCCUUUAGAGAAAGGGAAAUACUAUGCAGCAAAACAAAUUGAAGUUAUAAAUGAAUAGAUGUUUAACAAAAUUUAAAAUGAGUUUAAAAUUAAUUAGCUCAUCAACAUGCAUCCAAAUGUGAUAAAUGUUGUAAAAGUCUAUGCUUGGCAAGAAUUAAUGCCAAAAAAAUUUAGUCUUCUUUUAGUAAUGGAAUUAGCGGAUCGUAGUUUAUAGAAAGAAAUUCACACCAGAAAACAAGAAAGAUCGUAUUUUUCAGCAUUUUAGUUGCUUGAGUUAUUUAAAAAAUGUCUGCUCACAUUUUCAACUCUAGUUGAACAAAAAUAAAUUUUUCACAGGGAUAUCAAGCCAGAAAACAUUCUCAUACUAGAAGCUGAUAAUUUAAUACCAAAAAUCACUGAUUUUGGAGUAUCAAAGAGCUUGCAUGAAUUGAAUAUUUAGGAAAGUUUAAAAAACACUAUAGUUGGAACUCCGGUCUAUUUUUCACCAAUAUUAUGGAAUGCAUUUGUUACGAGAUCUGAAUAGCCAAGCUCGUUUGAAAAAAUUAAACACGAUUUAGAAAAGUCCGACAUCUUUUCUCUUGGCUUAACUUUUCUUUAAUGUACUCUACUGCUAACGACUGAAAUUGUUGGACUUAAUAUGGUCGAAUAAAAAAAUAAGAGAAAUAUGUUUUUAGAUAAAGUAGAGAAUGCCCGAAUCAGGAAUUUGAUCACAGAUAUGCUUUAAUAUGAAGAAUGUGAUAGAAAGACAUACAAGGAAUUGAUUUAAUUAUAUUUUAAUUCGAAUUAAAAAGGAAUUUUUGAAGAAACUCCCUCUCCCUAAAAAAUGAAAUAAAUUAACUAAAUUGUCUGUGUCAAGCAUCAAAAUUGCAAAGCCUUAUAUUAUUGCUUCAAAUUAGUAAUUGCUGGUUAUUAUUGCGAAGCAUGCUAUCAAAAUGAUGACAUUUAACUUUUUUGCAUCCCUUUGCCAGAAAAAAAUCAAAAAUAAUAAUAAUCCCAAAAAGAAACCUUGGAGGAAUAUUUUGAAUCUUCCAUUCAGAUCAUUUUCAUCAAAGCUAUUAAGGAUUAAAUCAAUUUUGCUAAGUAAACUAACAAACCUCCAGCCGAACUUGAGAAAAAUAUAUAGUAAAUCUCAAAAUUCUUGAUUUUCAAUUAAAACUAAACCCAAAAUUAAGUUUCAAAACUAAUCAAAGGGAAGUUAGAGGAGAUUCGAACUCCUUAUAAGGAAUACUUAAAUAAUGAGUUGUAUAAUGAAGCACUAAGGUAUUUGGAAUUGAAUAAGGAGAAAAUAUAUGAAUUAACUAGUGAUUUGAUUUUGAGACUAGAUAAAUUAACUCCAAACGAUGAGGUCCAAAGAUAAAAGAAGAAGAUUUUUGAUUCAUCCACUUAGUAGAUUUUACCAAAUAGUCUAUAAAGCAAAAAAGAAAUCUGA